GACGCCGAGAAAGAGGAUACAAAAAAAAAAAAGAGGACAAGGAGAGAGAAAAUUCGCCAUGGAGAGCUCGUCUCUCGAAUCCCCCGCCAGGCCUGGCAUCCUUGUCCGCAUCCUCUCAGAACUAGGCCUCGUGUCUCUCUUCCACAGCCCUGUCGACGUCAAGCUGCUCUGUCUGCAGCGCUUUGUUCGCCUUUUCGCCUAUGGAGGAUCGACACUCGUCCUGGUGCCGUAUCUGCAGGCUCUGGGCAUCUCCAAGACCAGCAUUGGCUUGUUCAUGACCCUGACCUUGGUUGGCGAUGUCUGCAUCAGCUUCGUCCUCACAAUCGUGGCGGAUGGGCUGGGUAGGAAGGCCGUUUUGUCCAUGGGCGCUUUGAUGAUGAGUGGCAGCGGCGUCGCCUUUGCCCUCUGCCAGAACUAUUGGGUAUUACUUGCAGCAGCCAUCUUUGGCGUUAUCAGCCCGAGUGGCAAUGAGAUUGGUCCCUUCCGAGCCAUAGAAGAGAGCGUGGUUGCGCAUCUAACGGAGCCUGCUUCUAGAAGCGAUGUCUAUGCAUGGUAUAGCCUGCUUGGUCAGGCUGGAGUAGCCUUUGGGCUCAUGACUUGCGGAUGGGUUAUCCAGUUCGUUUCCACCAGCCUCCAGUGGGAGCAUGUGGACGCCUAUCGACUCGCCUUUCUCGGAUAUGCUGCUAUUGGCCUCCUCAAGAUGACGCUGACUCUGCUCCUGAGCAGCGCUGUCGAGGCCGAUGGGAAAGCGUCUGCCACUAAGAAGAAGGUCAUUUCCGACCAAGUUGGCAACACAGAGACAUCGCCGCUUAUAGGCAGUGCCGAUGCCAAUGGAUCCUUGCAGGCAACCGAACAACAAAACGGCCGCGGCCGGCUUUCAAGCCUUCUUCCCGAUAUCAGCAGGGAAGGUUAUGCCAUAAUGACGAGCCUAAGUUUCUUCUUUGCUAUAGAUUGUUUGGCUUCUGGUAUCAUAAGCAUGUCUUGGAUCACGUACUUCUUCCGCUGGCGCUAUGGCAUCAAGGAAGGCAGCCUAGGAUCCAUCUUUUUUGUGACGAGCAUCACUUCAGCUUGUUCCAUGCUGGUUGCCUCUUCCUUGGCCAAGCGAUUUGGCAACAUCAAGACCAUGGUCUUCACCCACCUUCCUUCGUCGAUAUUCCUUAGUCUCAUUCCCGCCUUUCCCGACGUGCGCCUCUCCCUGCUUUUCCUAUGGCUUCGUUCCUCCACCGCCAGCAUGGAUGUCGCUCCCCGGGCGGCCUUCCUGGCCGCUGUCAUCAAGCCAAGCGAACGGACGGCCAUCAUGGGCAUCAUCAAUGUGUGCAAGACGGUUGGCACCAGCUUAGGCCCCUUGUUGACUGGCACACUGGCCGAUCACGGCUUGUUCUGGGUAGCCUUUGUCACGGCCGGAUGUCUCAAGGUUAGUUACGACCUGGGUAUACUGGCAGUCUUUAAGAACCACGAGAGGCACGCAGCUGAAAGAGAGAAUGGACGUGCGGAGACGGGUGCUACUGCGUAAGAGUGAGACGAGAGGGACAGGCAAGAAAAACAAAAUGGGAUACAACAAGUCGAGGCAGUGAUAUUCGAGACAAGUUUACGAAAAGAUGUGGGAUAUUAGCAUCACGAGACAGCCACCACUGAUCAAAACACCAAAAAUAGUUUAUUAGAAGAGCCGAUGAUGGCUUUCAUGCGUCAGUUGCUAGCAGGACACCCAGGGCUCAUCGGCUCAUAGAACAAUCCAAAAGUUAAAAAAAGCCUGUCUAAUAAAGACAGCUUCAUGAGAAAAGAAUGAUAGAAAGAAACAACAAAAUGUCCUUUAUGCGUGCAUAUGCCAAAUUAUCCAGUUCCACCCCGUAACGUGCAUACGACCCAUUGGGUUUUCCAAUACAUCCCCAAACUAAGAUUCGUCUCCAGGUCCUUUUUUUUUU